AUGGACAAAGUCUCAUUCUCCUUCCGCAGACUCGGUUCGGUCCUGCUGGCGGCAUGGACACCUUCAGCUGUGGCCGAUUUUACGCUAUACAAGAGUUACGAUGCCGACGCCUUGAUUGCUGGGCUCUCUCUGAGUAGUACGUGCCUUGCUGCACUGAAUACCACAGUUGCCUGCAAUGAAACCACCAUUGGCCUGCUCGGACACGGCGCGGACAUCCACUUCUGGACUGCUCCCGAGGUAGAGAACUUUUGCACGACAGACUGUAUCUCGUCCCUUAAUUCUUGGAAGAAGAAGGUUGACACAGUCUGUGCGGAAGAGACCACAAUCCAAGGCAAUGUUGUGGUGAAGGCGAGAGCCUUGCCACUGCCAUUCACCUAUAAUUCUGAUCUCGUAUGCAUGAAGGACAGCUCAUCUAAUUGGUGUUUUGUGGAGUCUCAGACAUGGCAAGGGAGUGACUACAUUCGUUGGGAUCCAACAAUGUGCUUCCCCGAUGGUGAUGACAACAGCACAGUGGCAUCGCAGUGCAACGAUCCGGAUUUUGACGUUGAUAAUAUCAGUGAUGAGAUGUCUGCUCUAACCAACAUCUACUCCGAGAAACUGUUCUGCAAUGAGUGCUUCUUGAAACUUUAUCGGCAACGACUCCUGGAUCCUUGGCUACCAGUCGCCAAUUUCACAGAUUAUCUGAUCGACCAAUUUGACCUUGUCCAGAAGAACUGCUCGACAACGCUGCCUUAUACCACUUCGGCCUCCACUUUAUACGUGGGGACGAAAACGGGUACUGUUACUGCUACCACCACCAACAUCGGCACAACGAAAACGGGGUCUUCCCCAACAGCUACCUCGACUUGUAUUGGUCAAAUGGUGGAGCCAUUGCAAAACUGGCUUACCUGCAAUGACCUUUCUGAUACUUACAAUAUCUCAACGGGUGACGCUCGAGUUGUUACGGGGGACUACUCUUGCUAUUUCGGCGAGACGACCUGUUUCCCCCUCCCUUGCGAAAUCGAUACGGUCUGGGAUUCUCCAAGUUGUGAUGAUCUUGCCACGCGUUAUUCCAACUCGACUUACAACGUGACCACUGCCCAACUGCUGAGCUGGAAUACAAAUAUUCAGGGCAGUUGCUCAGGAAUUGCCGCCGGACAGCGUGUAUGCAAGAGUGCUCCUGGCGGAACAUUUCUCAAACCCAACGCGACGAUCACGGCGCCUGGUGCGACCGGCCAGCCUACGUACUACACCGCAGCCACUGCGGCUUAUCCGACCCAAAGUGGAACCAUCAGCGAGUGCGGGAACUACUACCUCGUUGUCGCCGGUGACGACUGUUCGACUAUCGACCUGCGCUUCGGCCUGAGCUUCAGCCAGUUGCAAGAGUACAACCCGUAUCUCAACGCCAAUUGCGGAAACCUGUGGCUCAACUACGACAUUUGCGUUGCUCCUGUCACCCCGGAGACAAUCUCAACAGACGGAACGUGCCCUACAGGGGUCACCUGUGUGGGGAGUGCCUUUGGCGAUUGCUGCUCGCCAUUUGGCUACUGUGGAACCGGGCCAGACUACUGUGCCAGCACCGGUAACGGUACCGCGACGCAAGACGGCACAUGUGGGCCUGAUUAUGGGGGCACGACUUGUAUCCCGCAAUUCGGAAACUGCUGUAGUAUAUACGGCUACUGUGGAAAUGGUACCACCUACUGUGGUGCAGGGAACUGCUACUCGGGCAGUUGUGACACUGAUAAUGGCGGCCCGUCCACAAACGGAGAAUGUGGCCCGAACUUUGCCGGGAACAAGACCUGCACCGCUUUCAUCGAGAAUCCCCUUCCGGCUCCGAGUGUGAAAGACAAGACAGACAUACCAAAGCAUCACCCCGAGCCUGAGCUGUCGGCGGAAUUGAGCAAGGGAGACAUCGAGACUCUCACACGCUGCCUGGAGAGUUCAACCCUGGAGAAUAAAGACCCCAUCACCAUUGUCGACACAGUCAGCAGCGUGGUCGAGCUGCUUGAGAGCUUGACCGAUCUUCCCGUGAACCCUCCAUCCUUGUUCAUUGAUCUCGAGGGUGUCAAUCUUAGUCGACAUGGAACCAUUUCCAUCCUCCAGAUCUUUGUGCAUCCGAAGAACCAGACAUUCCUUGUCGAUAUCCAUACCCUGGGAGCCAAGGCUUUCACUCACGUCGCACCACAUGGCAUGAGUCUUCGUUCUGUCCUCGAGUCAUCCUGGAUUCCAAAAGUUUUCUUCGACGUUCGCAAUGACUCGGACGCACUUUUCAAUCACUACGAGAUUGAACUGGCUGGCGUCCAGGAUCUCCAGUUGAUGGAGCUCGCAAGUCGCGUCUAUCCGGGACGCUACCUUAGCGGACUGGGGAGAUGCAUCGAAAACCAGGCCUCAAUGACGGCCAGCGAGAGGGCGAAAUGGAAAGCCUGCAAGGAAGCCGGCCGAAAGCUGUUCGCGCCAGACUGUGGUGGAUCCUACGAAGUCUUCAAUGUGCGCCCACUGUCCCAGGAGAUCAUACAGUACUGUGUGCAGGAUGUUCAAUUUCUCCCUCAGCUAUGGCAAAAGUACAAUCGAUGGCUGCCUAGCUGUUGGGAACCGCUUUUGGAGACGGAAGUGCGGAAUCGCAUCGCGCUUUCCAAGUCCACCACAUACAAUGGCAAAGGAAGACACAUGGCCUUGGCUCCCCGUGGUUGGGCCUGA